CAACAAUCAGAGUGCAGCAGCGCAUGCAAAUAUUCCUAGCAUUGUAGCGCAUUCGGCCGAGGGAAGUUGGGAGAGCUUCGCUUGAAGGGCAAUGUGCUCGAUAGCGUACUUGUCGACGACUUUCGCUCAACAUCGUCGUUCACCUCCAGUCAUUCGUGAAAGCUGGUUGCAUUCGGUGCCCGUUGUCGACCACCAAAGCGAGAAGAAGUCAUUCUCUUGGAGCGAGAACCAUCCCUCUCACGUGCCGUACACAAUGUCAGACCUGACUCGAGAAGAUUCCAACCCCGGCAGCCCUUCGCGACGCGCAACCUUCGUCAUCUUGCAUGCGCAGAGCCGCUGUGCAUGCAGCAGCAGCGCUAUCAGCUCGCGGCGACUCGCUUCCGCUCAACUGCUCAGACCUGUGACUUCCAGACUCCGCUUGAGGUCAAGCUCACGCCAGAAGCGUUGCACAAACUUCACGGAUGCAGGGCGUGUGGGGAAGCAAAUUUCGGCCAUUUCUUCGAAAUCACGACAUGCACUUCGCACCGCCACACCCAUAGCUGAUCUUGUGAAUGAAUCAUUGAGGGUGACUCAGUGCGUGCUGCACGGUCACUGCCCAGGACGCCGUAAGGUGUACAGUAAGUUUGCCCACAGCUUGCUAACAGUCAUCAGUCUAGCGACAUCAAACCCUUGCUCGCUUGCGGCGCUGCGCCGGUACAAUCUGUACUUCGACGACUGGCAAUCGCAGUGGCUUGGCUAGCAGGCUGAGAUCAGGCCACCUCUGUCGAGUGCUCGAGUUCCUUAGCGACAAGGCAAGCGAGGUCAAACCUGCAGCCCAUUCAGGACUCCGGCACGACACGGCUCGCAGGGUUUUGUCUAUGUCCCAAGCGGAAGGAAGCCAAGGCUCGCAUUGGCAAAGUCAGCUGAGCAGGAACGAUACUCAAGGGCAUCCGAUCAACCACGAAUGCCGCCUAGGCACAGCAGAGCGAUCGGCCGAUCGUUCGCAGGCCAAAUUUAGGACUUGAGAUGUGACGGUGGGUCAGACUCCGACGGCAGUUUCAUCCGAACGUGCUCGGCAAAAGACCCUGUGACAUGACGACUGAGCUCUCAUGCUGGACCGAAAUCGGAGCAGCAGGACUUCAGAGCCCGUGCUCGCGCCUCGUCAAGAUGGAGGAAGGUGUGCAGGACUAUAAGAUGUGCAACUGCCCCUUACCCUACAUCCCUUCCCCUUACUCUCGACCAUCCCUUGACCAUCCCCAG